GUCUGGUAGCAGAUCGCGCCGCUUUAUGAUCGCAUGUCGUGACAGAAGUCACAAUGCUGGCAUGACGUAUGCCGGUAGUGUCACGGCGACGUGGUCCAUCUCGGGUGCUCAAGUCGAUGGGCGUUCAGAACACCAGACGCAGCGCGAUCAACAUUGUCAACUCGCAAGCUCGGAAGUCGCUCUAUCGAUGCGAGGCGUGCUGUUAGAGCCUUUCCACGGAACAGAGUCAUCAUUGGGACACCAUAGCUGGUCGGGAGCUUCUUCGACUUUUGUCUUGCCCACGCGACAGACAAGACAGGCCAAGACAGGUGAUCGUCCGAUAGUACGGCCUCGUGCGGACACGGCGAGCAGUCAUGACCAUCGAGAGCGAGCAGCACGCAAAGCUGGAGCUCUUUGCCAAGCUUCACGCGCAAUGCGCACCGUCUGCGCCGCAAGACGAUAGACUGGAGCUAUAUUCAUACAGUCAUCUAUGCGCACAAGGCGUGCCUGACUCGCACAGAGCGACUGCAUGGCGGAUCCUGCUAGGCCUGCUGCCCGCCGACAAGUCACGCUGGCAGGCCGAGAUCAAGUCGAAGCGUGAAGCCUACUAUGACUUUGUGCAAGAUCUCGGGGUCAAGAUCGCUGCUCAGCCUCCACCUGAUCUCUCGAAAGCGCUAUCACGAGAGGAUGCUUGGUUGGAUCAGAUAGACAAAGACAUACAACGUACACAACUCGCACUCGACUUCUUUGCCCAGCCUGUGGCUGCGUGCUCCGGCUGCCCGCUCACAUCGCGUCUGCCUCUUCGACGCGCAUCCCAGCCGGAGCACACGCAGAAUCACCGACGAGCCGUAUUCGAGCGGAUAGCACAGCUCUCAUCUGGAUUGGGCUACCGUGACAAGCAUCACUCGCCUCGCGCCGGCUCGUCCGCACAUUUCGCGCAGAAUGGCAACGCGACGGAAGCAGAGGAUCGCCAUUGGGAAGUCCUCGAGAGGCUAUUAUACAUUUUCGCCCAGCUCAACCCAGGUCUCGGCUAUGUACAAGGCAUGGCAGACGUCUUGUCGCCGCUCUACUUUGCCAUUGCUCGGCCUCCCACUGUUCAUCAAGAGCGGAGUAGCAUCCAGGUCUUGGCAGGACAUGCAGAGGCAGACACAUUUUGGUGCUUCAAUCACCUGAUGGGCGAGCUGUCGGAUUGCUUUAACGAAAGCUUAGACGGAGAUGUCAUCGACACAAAGUCAUCUGCUGCCAAGUCGAAUGCCACUGUCGGAAUAGGGUACAUCCUACGCAAAUUUGACGCACAGCUGCGAUGGCAGGACAGCGACCUGGCAGACGCUCUCGCCAGUCACGGUAUCACCUCCUCAUACUACGCCUUUCAGUGGAUUGUGUCGCUUUUUGCGCAGUGUUUCCGGAUACCGGACAUCCUGUCACUAUGGGAUCGACUAUUUGCUCUGAUACCUGCUCGGCCAGAACAAGGUCACGCUAUCGAAAACGGUUUGUCACCAUUCCUGGCGCAUGUUGUUGACAUUUGCUGUGCCAUGAUCACGUUGAAGCGUGAUGUGCUCAUAGGCGAUGCGACGACGUUCGAAGAAGCGCUGCGCUUGCUGCAGAGGUAUCAAUACAACGAUGUCGCAACCUUGGUCUUGCUGGCAGGGACGUAUCGCGAGAGGCGCUUGACUGCGUCAAUCUCUGGUCAAGGGCCUGACGAUGUGCUUGCGCGAGACAAUCUGCAGGAUGGUCUGUCACUUGCAAAAGCUCGUCUUGCGGCUGUUUCCAGCACGGCAAGGUCGAGACUGUUCGGUACUUCACAAGCAAGCUCAACGCCUGAAAUCAGCGUGUCACCAUCACCCAUGACCGCCGCUAGCGGUCUGUUCAAGCGUUACGCCGAUGCCUUCCAGCGCUCAGAUACUGCGGCCAGUUUGUCGAAAGCGACCACAAACCUGCGCGCACAGGCUCCGGGAGCCAUCCAGAAAUUGCGAGACGAUAUGACUACGAGCUACAAAGGACUUGGUGUCACACUAGACACGACUCGCAACGGACUGCGCCGCGCAAGCGUUCAAUCAGAUCAGCCUUUCGUCCCUCCUGACCAUGCAAAUGGACGUGCAUCGCCAAUAAAGUCUGUCGCGUCAGGUCAGCUACAGAGUGAGGACAAGGGUAACAGACGAGUCUCGAACAGCAAGCCGAGACCUCUGUUGCUUAGUUCGUCCGCCCGUGCUGCAGACUCGCCAUCACCCGGUUCGUCCAGACGAUCCUCAUAUCAACGCCUGUCCCCACGUUCUCCUUCGUCGCCUUUGCCGGGCAGUGCUUUCCUCGACGGCGCUACCCCUCGCAGCCCAAGCCCGUACAACCCGCUCACGCAUGGCGUCGCACUAGACGAUGACGUAGUAGAGAAAUCCGAGCAAGAGCUGCUGGCAGAGGCACUAAGCUGGCGGAGGGGUAGAAGUACAACGCCACAAGUCGAUGAGGAUGAAGCAGAUGAUUCUGAUUACCGCGUUCCUAGACGCGUGAUCACGCGCGACAUCAAUAGGCAAUAUGCGAUGGGUACACAGCCCCCGGUACGCAAGGCCUCAGAUUCUACUUCGGCACGCGUGCCAAUUUCGCGCCGACCAGCGAUCAAGCAAAGGGCCAGCAGUCUUGAACAUAACCCACAGGCACCAGACAGCGAAGGCUCAGAGGAUUCAUUCUACGAUUCUGCUACGCAACAUGCCUUUUAG